AUGAACGAGAAUCCGAUACCUCUAUUACUCGUCCUCCCGCAAAAUUCAUUUGGUGUGAAUAUAUUGGAUGUAGAUUUACAGAUAGAUUUUAAUCCAACCGCAAUUCAAACGAAUCGAACAAUAGCAAAGCUCAAUGACACUGCACAUGAACUCUGCUUUGAUUGGAUUCACAGAAAACUUUAUUGGGUACAAAAAUGCACAACGGGAAUCUGCAUUAUAAAGCAGCUAGACUUAACAUUGUGGGAACAAAUAGGCAUAGUAAAAUAUGAUAAAAUAAAUAUAUCCAAGAAACCAAUAUAUGUAAGGUUUUACAUGUACUGCCAUCAUCAGUUUGGCUCGUCAGAAGUAAUGCGAUCGGAUUUAGAUGGAAAAAACAUGAAAAAUCUUAGAGAAGACAAUAAAUGCUUUUGUAACGAACUACAUCUAGAGUCCUACUCGACCUUACAGACUGAUACAACAAAUAUUGAGCCGCUAUUAUAUUGGAGUAGUGUCAGUGACUUUGUUAUAACAAAUCUUGAUGGUUUAUUGAAUAAAACCAUACACAAUAUCAAUGUAAGCCUUCCAGAACCGAUUCUCAAUGACGGAUGCAAAAAGUACAACUUACCAACUACUAUAUAUAACAUCUCCAAAAGUUAUUUAACAUGUUUGGACAAUGGCAGUAUCAAGUUCGAGCAAUUCAAUGUGACGACAUAUGAACGGCAUUACGAAUUCAAGAAUUUAAUGCCGUUCACAGAAUAUACGCUGAAGCUAGCACUGAGCAAUUUUUACGUCCGCAAGUUAUCAAUGGACUUGCAAUUCGGUUCGAAUGUGAAAGUGAUAACUACCGGAAAGCUCGACAUGCCAGAAGAUGUGACGGUUCAAGUUUUAACGCCAACGUUAGCGAUAGUUUAUUGGAUGCCAUCCAAGAAAUUAACUGCUGCGUGA